CAUAUUGAACGCAGCUGCAGUUAAAGCGAGUCUCUGUCCAAGUACUUUCCUGCCGAUCUUCGCUUUGAUGAAUAACACGCUGGCUAAAUUCGUUCAUGCCCCCAAGCUGCGGAAUUCGUAAAGAGUUUGACUAAGAGCCGAAUUCUAGGUUCAGCACAUGAUAGUUAUCUGACGGACUGUAUAAAGGUGACUCUCAUGGAACAACUCAACCAGUGCAUAUUUCGCUCAUCGUCAAUCUGCAAUGUCAGAAGGACCACAAGAACCACACGGACAUGGACACCAUGGAAGACAUGGACACCACGGACCACACAGACACAGUCAAUCUUCAACACAGCGACCUCCCACCACCCCCGCCGACUGGGAACGAUCUGACAACUUCCAUAACUCCCACCUUUUGCGGAAAGACGAAGCUCUCGAUGCUGCGAUCCAGAACAGCGAGGCAAAUGGCUUGCCGCCCAUUUCUGUCAGCCCUGCUGCGGGACAACUCUUGUACCUGUUGGCAAAGUCCAUUGGUGCAAAAAGGAUCUUGGAAGUGGGUACGCUCGGAGGGUAUUCCACCAUUCACCUUGCGAGGGCGCUCCCAGAUGACGGGAAGGUCAUUACUUUAGAGCUAAGUGAGCACCACGCCAAGGUCGCAACAGAGAAUAUUACCAAAGCAGGACUGGCCUCUAAAGUUGACAUCAUUGUCGGCCCCGCCCUUGAUUCGCUUCAAAAGAUCGAGUCGGAACCGAAAUUCGACUUUGUCUUCAUCGACGCUGACAAGAUCAAUACGUUGAACUAUUUCAUGGAAGCUAAGCGACUUUUGCGUAAAGGAGGGGUUAUCUACGUGGACAAUGUUAUUCGAGGUGGACUUGUCGCGGAUCCCGUUGAUACCAGUGAGAAUUCCGAUGGUGUGAGAAAGCUCAUUUUGGCAUUGAAAGACGAUGAGGAAGUAGAGGGGACUACAAUUGGCACUGCUACUGGGCAAGGGUAUGACGGGUUUUUGUAUGCUGUCAAGAAGUAGGGCUUAGUAUGCCAAACGGACUGGGGGUCGCAUGCAGAAUACAAUUCACGGUUUGUAAUAUACAGA